AUCGAAAUCAUUCAACCUCUUUCUGACGUAACUGCAAAAGAAAAAGGAACGGCAACAUUCACUUGUAAAAUUAGCAAACCGGAUGUGCCUGUCACGUGGUUUACAAAUGGAAAUAAAGUAGAACCAGGAGUGAAAAUGAAUAUUUCAAAAGAUGGCAAUACUCACACGCUGGCGAUAGAAGGUUUGAAACCUGAGGAU